AUGGGCUCUCGAGUGCAUCUGCGCGAUAUUAAGAGCGGGCCUCCGCUUCCAUACACUGACGAUGUCAGAGCGUACACGAGGGAGUAUGCGGAAGCUCUCGACGCGCAAGAUCCUCUUCGGCAUUUCCGGGAGGAAUUUAUCAUUCCCUCGAAGAAGGACCUGAAACGGAAAAGCCUGGCAACAGAUGGGGCAAGCGACGAUGCCUCGGACCCAAGAUGCAUCUACUUCUGCGGCAACUCGUUAGGCCUCCAGCCUCGCAGUACUCGUCGAUAUAUUGAGCAAUAUUUACGUGCUUGGGCGACCAAGGGCGUGACUGGCCAUUUUGUGCCCCAUGACGACCAAUUGCUCCCUCCUUUUGUGGACGUCGACACGGCCGGCUCCAAGCUGAUGGCGCCCAUUGUUGGUGCCUCCCAAAGAGAGGUAGCCGUGAUGGGGACGCUAACUGGCAAUCUACACCUGCUAAUGGCAAGCUUCUACCGUCCGACCCAAGAGAAGUAUAAAAUCAUCUUGGAGGGCAAGGCGUUUCCCAGUGACCAUUAUGCGGUUGAAUCUCAAAUCCGUCAUCACAACUUUGAUCCCAAGCAUGCCAUGGUUUUGAUUGAGCCCGAGAACCUCGACCGCCCUACCCUGAUUACGGAGCAAAUCCUCAAAGUGAUUGACGAUAAUGCCUCUAGCACCGCACUAGUACUUCUCUCGGCCAUCCAGUUCUACACAGGACAGUACUUUGAUAUUGAACGGAUCACGGCACACGCGCACUCGAAAGGCAUCCUGAUCGGCUGGGACUGUGCCCAUGCGGCUGGAAACGUGGAUUUGCGCCUUCAUGACUGGAAAGUUGAUUUUGCGGCAUGGUGUAGCUACAAGUACCUCAAUAGCGGGCCGGGUGGGAUGGCAGCACUGUUUGUCCAUGAGCGACACGGCCGUGUGGAUGAGAAGCAGGCCGACAGCGAGGAAACCUUUCGCCCUCGGUUUUCGGGGUGGUGGGGUGGAGAUCUCAAGACCCGAUUCAACAUGGAAAACAAAUUCACCCCACAACCCGGUGCCGCUGGCUUCCAGCUGUCUAAUCCCUCUGUCCUGGAUAUCAAUGCCGUCGUUGCCUCACUGGAAAUCUUCAAUCGGGCGAAAAUGCAGGAUAUUCGACAGAAAUCGCUCAACUUGACCGGGUAUCUGGAACAUCUCCUUCUAAAAUACCCACUGGAUGCACCCUCGGCAGACAAACCCUUCACCAUUAUCACGCCAUCAAACCCUGCCGAGCGUGGUGCUCAGCUCAGCCUCCGCCUCGCGCCGGGAUUGUUAGACCGUGUUUUGCAUCAUCUGGAAGAGAAUGGGGUAGUGGUUGACGAGAGAAAGCCCGAUGUUGUUCGGGUUGCCCCGGCGCCUCUCUACAAUACAACGAUGUCUCUCGAGAAAGAAACGGGGUCUCCUACACCAGAUCCUGAAGUGGGCCCGCAUACGAGUGGGAGGAGUCAUGGCGGGGAUGUCGCUGAUGUUGAUUAUUCGGUUUUUACAGAAACCCAGCGGUGGUAUAUUGUCUUCAUGGCAUCGUGGGCUGGCUUCUUCUCGCCCGUGUCCUCGCAGAUUUAUUUUCCUGCUCUAAAUACGUUGGCACAAGACCUAUCAGUGUCGAACUCGCUAAUCAACUUGACUCUGACGAGUUACAUGAUCUUUCAAGGGCUCUCGCCCAUGUUCAUUGGCGACUUCGCCGACAAAGCCGGGCGACGACCGGCAUACAUAGUGUGCUUCACUUUGUACAUUGCAGCCAACAUCGGCCUCGCCCUGCAAAGCAAUUAUGCCGCGCUAUUUGUCCUGCGAUGCCUUCAAAGUGCUGGGAGCAGCACCACCAUUGCCCUCUCCUCGGGUGUAGUCUCGGACGUGGCCACCGCGUCCCAGCGAGGCUCGUACAUGGGCUUUGUGACAGCCGGCUCUUUGAUGGGCCCUUCAGUCGGACCGGUAAUCGGUGGCCUACUGUCACAGUACCUCGGCUGGCGAGCCAUAUUCUGGUUUCUCGUCAUUUUUGCCGGCGCAUUCAUGAUCCCUUUCUUGAUCUUCUUUCCUGAAACCGCGCGGGGCGUUGUAGGAGACGGUUCCCUGCCUCCACAGAAAUGGAACAUGUCCUUGAUCAGCUACCUCAAAUCCCGGAAAGCCCGUGACGAGAGCAUAACCUCCCCAGCGCAUUCAGCCAAGCAGAAACAGAAGCUCCAGUUCCCAAAUCCCUUCCAGACACUCGCUAUCGUGUUCCAGAAAGAUACCAGUAUCAUUCUAUUUUGCAAUGCGCUGCUCUUCGCUGGAUUCUAUGAUGUCAGCGCGACCAUUCCCUCCAUCUACAAUGACUUGUAUGGCUUGAACGACUUACAAAUCGGACUCUGCUACAUCCCCUUCGGACUCGGCGCCACCAUCGCCUCGAUUGGCAACGGCAAGUUCCUGGACUAUAACUACCGGCGCAUCGCCAAGAGCCUAAACUUCCCCAUGGUCAUGAACCGCCACACAGAUCUGCGCAACUUUCCUAUCGAGAAAGCCCGUCUUCAGAUUGCGUUCCCGCUGCUUGCAAUAGGAAGUCUCAGCGUUCUGGUGUUUGGCUGGUUUCUGAACUACGGGAUCCAUCUCGCAGCACCCACCACUAUUCUCUUUGUCAUGGGUCUGACGCUGACGGGGUCUUUCAAUACCGUUAGUACGUUGCUGGUGGAUCUAUAUCCGACGCAGGCGGCCAAGGCGACUGCCGCUAAUAAUUUCGUGCGCUGCCUGCUCGGCGCGGGCGCGACGGCGCUUGUGGAUCCAAUGCUUGCGGCUAUGGGCCGCGGCUGGUGUUUUACGUUUAUUGCCCUUGUGAUGCUGGGUACCUCGCCACUGCUGCUAUUUGUGAUUCGCAGGGGUCCCCAGUGGCGUGAAGAGCGCCGAUUGAAAGAGGAGAUCCGGAAGGUGGAAAUGUGA